UCUCUCUUCUUCUUGUCAACCAUGCAUUCCAUUCUUCUUCCUUUACCCACUCCAAAGUUACACUCCACUACUUCUCCUUCUUUUGUUACAUGCAAAAUUCUUGUUAAACCUUCUAAGCCACCAAAAACGCUUCCCGGAGUAGUAGCUCCGCCGCCGUCACCGUCGGUGCUGCCACCGCCACUGGUAGCCCCGGCGGUGAAACCUGUAAGGAGGCAUGAACUGAACCCGGUUCAAAAGCUUGCUGCCUCGGCUUUGGACAUGGUGGAGAGAUCAGUUACCAGACUAGAAAAGAAGCACGAACUGAACCGGACGGUUGACCCCGCGGUUCAGCUUCAGGGGAACUUUGCCCCGGUUCAGCAUGGGCUCAAGGUGGUGGGCCGAAUUCCGCCGUGCCUGACCGGCGUUUACGUUAGGAAUGGGGCUAACCCGCUGUUUGAACCGCUCACCGGCCACCAUCUGUUCGACGGUGACGGGAUGAUUCACGCCGUUACGCUGAGUCCCGCCGGGAAUGAAGCGAGCUACUCGUGCCGGUUCACGCAAACGAGCCGGUUGGUUCAGGAAUCGGCGUUAGGGAGGCCGGUUUUUCCGAAGCCGAUUGGGGAGCUGCAUGGCCACCUCGGCUUGGCUCGGCUCGGGUUGUUCUUCGCGCGAGCCAUGAUUGGCUUGGUGGACAGCUCGAGCGGGACCGGCGUGGCUAACGCCGGCUUAGUGUAUUUCAAUAAUCGGCUCCUAGCCAUGUCGGAGGAUGAUCUACCCUACUGCGUCCACAUCAAAGACGACGGUGACCUCGAGACGAUCGGACGGUUCAGCUUUCACGACCAGAUCCGCGAUCCCCUCAUAGCUCAUCCCAAAGUGGACCCCACCACAGGAGAUCUCUACACUCUUAGCUACAACGUGCUCAACAGACCUUUCCUUAAACUCUUCAAGUUCGACACGUGCGGUCAAAAGUCACGUGACAUACCCAUUUCCCUCCCCGACCCGACCCUCGUCCACGACUUCGCAAUCACCCAAAAUCACGUGAUCGUCCCGGACUACCAAGUCGUAUUCAAGUUAUCCGAGCUGAUCCGGGGCGGGUCGCCCGUGGUCCACGACCCGAACAAAGUCUCCCGAUUCGGAGUUUUACCGAAAAACGACGCCGACGAGUCGAAUAUCCGGUGGGUCGAGGUCCCCAACUGUUUCUGCAUGCAUCUAUGGAACGCGUGGGAAGAAUUCAACGAAGAAGGAGAAGAAACCAUCGUGAUAAUCGGGUCAUGCAUGACACCCGCCGCCACCAUUUUUUCCGGCGGAAACGACCCAUUAAAGACAGAACUAUCCGAAAUCCGGCUAAACCUAAAAACCGGCCGGUCGAGCCGGCGGGUCAUCGUCUCCGGGAUGAACCUAGAAGCCGGACAAGUAAACAAGAAUCUUCUCGGCCGGAAAACGCGGUACGUGUACAUGGCGAUAGCGGAGCCGUGGCCGAAAUGCAGCGGCGUGGCAAAGGUGGACUUAGAGAGCGGAAAGGUGACGGAGUUUAGGUACGGCGACGGAAUAUUCGGCGGGGAGCCGUGUUUGGUGGCGGCGGGGGAAGAAGAAGAGGAGGGGUAUCUGAUGAGCUUCGCUCGAGACGAGAGAAAAGGAAGAUCGGAGUUGACGAUAGUGAAUGCAUCGAACAUGAAGAAGGUGGCGUCGGUAAAGCUGCCGAGGAGAGUACCGUACGGGUUUCAUGGUACAUUCGUUAGUUGGGAAGAACUACGUAAACAAAGCUUAGAUUAGAUUAGAUUAAACUUACGUAGCUAGAAUGCAUGCAUGCAUG